AUGGAGAAGCUCUUUGAGCGCAACAAAGCAAAGCAGCAACAAGUCACCUCGCACAGCGACGUUGAUUUUGUCAUCGACAAAUAUACCGUAGACGUUACCAGUCACGCUAUUACCACGCCUACGCCUACACCCACCCCCCAAACUAACCCAAACCCAGCCCAUACCGAGCAGAGGAAUGGACGUAAGAUUCACAAGGCACAGCCUGCACUUGGUAUACUGAAGUAUCAUGAUCCACAUCUGGAGCAUGCCCUGCAACAGAUUCACCCACACCAUGUCCACGAAAUAAAAAUACCAGAAGAUUCUUUUCCAAUGGAUCACAGGGACAGGGCAGAGAAGAAGGAGAGGAAGAGUUUCUGGGAUGGGAUCACCCGGGACAGGGACAGGGACGAAGACAAGGAGCGCGGACGUGAUAAAGAGCGUGAAACUCGUGAGAAGGAAAAGGAAAGAGAAAAGGACAAAGAGGGUCGAGACCGCCUUUGGCGCGAGGAAGAUAAUCCCUCGGAGCUUAAGCGCAUGAUCGGGUACCUUACAGCGACUUCAUCGGAGGACUGGACGCUUGUGCUCGAGGUCUCCGACCGCGCGUCUGCUACUGAGGCGAAUGCCAAGGAGGCUGUGAAAGCCCUUAGGAGAGAGCUCAUAUAUGCUGAGCCUAAAUCUCAACUAUCUGCUGCUACGUUAUGGGAAAUAAUGCUCCGCAAUGCAUCCGAUAUCUUUCUUACUCAGAUCAGCUCUCGUACAUUCAUUGACACCCUCCAGGGCGUGCUAACCAGCUCAAGAACGAGUCCUGUUGUCAGAAAUCGACUAAUGGAGGUGCUCGCAGCUGCCGCGUUCAUCACUAGUUCACGCCCUUGUCCCUCACUCAAAUCUAAACCAUCGCCUUUUAUACUCAAUGGAUACGACUUUGAUAGGAACAGUUUCCGUGCCCUAUGGAUGCGAUUAAAACCUGCUGACAAGCCCGAUGUUGGGAUGCCGUUCGACACCGAGGACACUGUGUUUAGCCCCCUCGCAGUUCCGACGCGUCUGCCAGUAGAGAAGCGGCCGUCGAGGAAGGGUCUCCACCGGCGUGGUGGCAUUACUCCUGAAGAGUACAUGAAAUGCUUAUUACAGGAAUGCAAGAUCGCGAAAGGACAUGCGACUGUCCUUAGCGAAAUGCUUGCAUACGCGAAACCGGAGCAGAUGGAAUGGAACCUAAUACCAUCUGCCACAUCACCUCUGCGUGGCAUCAUGACUCUCCUGCCCUAUUCUAUUGAUAUCAAUCUCAGGCUGACCGGUCCACAGGAAGUUUUGACAAAAUGCCGCAGGUCGCAAGAACUGAUAUGUACCCAAAUUCCAUGGGCGUCUGCAGGCGCCGAACGGUCGCGCACGAAAUUGCAGCUUGAUAUCCAGUUCAGUUCUCCUCCGAGUCGAGAUUACCAUGGCAUGGAGGGUAAAUUCUAUAAUGCAGAUGGAGAAGAACAGACUUUGGAGGAACAGCUUUCUGCGGCGUUGCUUGACGCGAAUGAGGCGCUGUUUGGGGUGUUGAGAAAAUAUGAUGAUGUUAUGCGGGUCACAGAGAAAUGGGUGGAUGUUGAGAACAUUGACAAUGAGUACCUCGGGGAAUGUAACAAUGAUCACGGAAACAGCUCCUCUUGCACGCCAUCACCAACGUCAUCACCACUUACCUCGCCCCACCGAUUCGAUCUCUCUCCCGUUACGCCCACACAAAUCCAUCCCCUUCCUCGGUUGUUUGUGAGCACAUCGGCGCUGCCCGCCCCGCCGCCUCCCCCUAUGGGACCCCGUUCGCCUAAACUGUCGUCGCCUGCUCCUGCACUAGAUAGUAAAUCUCCCAUACGACCGAGCGCAGGGGCGUUCGGGGGGAUCGUGGAAGAAGUCAAUGAUGAACGCGAUUUGAGUGAUUCUCCAGAGCUGCGCCAGCAGUAUUUCAAUUUAUCCGAAGCAGACGAUGCUAUUCAAAAGGCCAUUCACGCUCAACUUGACGAUGCCCCACUUCGUCUACUCGACACCACUUCCGGGCUCUUGUGUGAUCGAGAGGCGCAGAUAUGCGCCUUCAAACUGAGCACCAAGUACAAGGAACUUCUGUCAUCAAUAAUAAACCACGCAGACAUCCAAAUGGAGCGCAUCAAAGAAGUGGUGGCGUUCUACUUCCGUUUUGUCAUGUUAUCACAUCGGUGGGAAGGCAAGGAGCCACUGCUGCACGACAUCAAGAACAAGGCCGUGUAUGAGCUGGAUCCAGCUGGCGGCAUUAUGAAAUUGCAGUCGUUUUGCCAAACUACGCGUGGUGCGGGGUAUCUAUGGGCGUGGAUUGAUAAUUGUUGCAUCGACCAGAAGAACAACGUCGAGCUCCAAAAAUCACUCAAUUCCAUGUUUGACUGGUAUCGCUACUCGGCACUCACCAUGGUCUACCUGUCGGAUGUUCCACCUUCGUCCAAGUCUGGCGCACUGGCGAGGAGUGCUUGGAACACGCGCGGAUGGACUGUCCCGGAAUUCCUCGCUCCCAAAAUUGUUCUCUUCUACCAAAACGAUUGGACGCUAUAUCUUGAUGACGGUUCUCCAAACCAUAAGGAGUCUGCUACAAUUAUGCAGGAGUUGGAGGAUGCGACGGGCAUAGAUACACAGGCCCUCAUCGACUUCCGUCCGGGGAUGACAGGCGCCCGAGAGAAACUCCGAUGGGCGUCCGGACGUGUUACAACAGUGCAGGAAGAUAUUGCAUACUCGCUGUUUGGCAUCUUCGGUGUCCACCUACCUAUCCUUUAUGGCGAGAAGAAGCAAAAAGCGCUCGGACGGCUCCUGCAGGAGAUUGUGGCCCAGUCGGGCGAUAUUACUGCACUGGACUGGGUUGGAAAGUCGUCCGAGUUUAAUAGUUGCCUGCCAGCCGACAUUACUUCAUACAAAGCUCUGCCAUGCGCCCUGCCACUUCUGUCCGAAGAGGACAUUCAGACAUCGGUCUCCUGGCUGAAAAAUGCCGUGGAUAUUGAUGUGGCUUUGAAACUUUAUAACCUGCUUGACAAUCUAGGUGCUCCUCGUUUCGCGAACCGCAGACUGCAUCUUCCUUGUAUCGCAUUCACUGUCACACAAGUCAGACGCAGACGUGCUCAAGACCAGGAGGGAUAUUUCGCGUAUGAAGUCAAGGCAGACGGACUUCGUCGCAUGGUGAUCACCACGGAAGACAAACUGACACAAUUCUCGCGGGAAAAGCCCACUCUGCAGACAUUAUUGCUUGUCCGUCCUUGGCAUCCUUAUCUCCUCGAGCUGCCUGACUUCGCAGACAACCGACACUGGAGCAUGAGCAGUUGGUCUGUGUCCGAUUCUCUCAGCGUGGUUUCUAGUGAAUCGGGGCCGAUUGGUUUGCAGUCAGGCUCACGGGCGUUACGAUUGAUUGUUCGCCUUGGACAGCCUUUCAGCGCGUUUUUGCUAGCGCGUCAGCGCAGUGGAGAAUACAAGAGAAUUGCAUCAGAUUACGAUAUCAUUGCACAAGUCGAAGACGUGGCGGGUUCUGUUUACAAAAUGAUGGAUGCCAGGACAUUGGAGAUAUUAUAA